AAAGCUUCUUCUCCUCUCAGCUGACAUUGUUUGUCUCUAAGAGCCCGGCGGCCCGAGAUGGACUUUCGCCUGUGGAUUUGUACGGUUUUUCUGGCAAGUCUCAGCAUUUCCCGAGGUCAAAUUUCUGGAUGUCCUCGCAGCGAGUGGCAGUGUGAUGAUGGAAACUGUGUUCCUGAUGUCCAGAGGUGUGAUGGAAAUGGAGACUGUCUGGAUGGAUCGGAUGAAAUGGAUUGCGCUGCACUUCCAGGAUCCCACGAAUGUCCCCCGGGUCAGUUUCCUUGUCUCGACUCCGUUGGCUGCGUCGAUGCGUCGGCCCGCUGUGACGGACAAACCCAGUGUCCCACCGGCUCUGAUGAGGAGAACUGCGCAGCCACAAAGGGGUGUUUGGACUCUGACUGGACGUGUCGAAACCACAUUUGUAUCCCCGUAGACCUGCGCUGCAAUGGACUGAACGACUGCCUGGACAACUCCGACGAAGAGGACUGCGGUGACACUGAGCCUCCUCCCGCAGGUCGACUUUGCUCUCUAGACAACGGCGGCUGCAGCCACGAGUGUGUGGAUGAACCGCGGGGGGCUCGGUGUGCCUGUCCGGUCGGCUACGAGCUGUCGCCCGGUGGAGCGGUCUGCGAAGAUUUGGAUGAAUGUGCCCAACCCGUUGACCCAUGUAUGCAUCACUGCUCGAACACUGUCGGGUCCUACCGUUGCCACUGCAGAAAUGGCUUCACACUGAAUGGCAGCGGCACAUGUCUAGCUACAGGUAAUGCUACCAGAUUGCUAGUCGCGCAGAGGAGCUCCAUCGGCUUGUUGACCGUGAAGACUGAGCGGUUUGAAGUGAUCGCCCGUCCAGGGACCGAUCCAGUGGCCUUGGCUUUCGACGUGGCCCGAGGCUGGUACUUCUGGGCGGACCGCCAUGGCAGCAUUUACAAAAGUGACGGAGGGCACAGCUCGACGAUCCAUACUGGGGAGCCUGGAAUCAACAGUCUAGCUUGCGAUUGGUUGAAUGGACACCUUUUCUGGGCCAAUCAGAAGACUGCGUCAAUCUACAUGCAGGCAGCUGAUGGGAGAAGUUACACUACACUGCUGAGCAGAAACACCAGUCCAUCAGAGUUGCUGCUAAUUCCUGUGGAGAGCUUGAUGUUCUGGAUCAGUGCCGGCCACGGUGAGCGGGUGACCUUGGAGAAGUCGUGGAUGGACGCGUCGGAGAGGAGCACGCUGGCCGUGCUCACGGCUCAGUCGGCCCACAGCCUCACUGCUGACGUGGCCGCCAGGAGGCUCUACUGGGUCAGCGACUCCAAGGAGUCCGUAGAGACGGUGAAGGUGGACGGGACGGGCCGUUACUCCUUCCCGGGGAUGUUCGACCGGAGACCCGCUCUCGCCCUGGCAGUGUUUGAAAGUUAUUUUUACUGGGUGGAUGACGAGGGACUGUGGCAGGUUCCACAGAACCAACCGAACCAGAAGCAAUUCAUCUGGAGAGGAACUCUGCCAAUAUUGUCUGCUUACCAUGAAUUACAGCAGCCUCAAGGUUCCUCUGCAUGUAGGAAGAAUCCAUGUCAUCUCUGCCAGCUCACUAAAGGAAACGCUGCUGGGUUUUCCUGCACUUGUCCGAACUCCAAAGUGCUCAUGCUGGAUGGGACGUGUGAAUAUCCACGGUUCAUUUACGCUACCGCCAGCAGCAUCAACAUGCUGGAGUUUAGAGGUAAAGGCGCCUCCAAAGUCCAUCUGUUCACCACGGACGACGGCAUCCUCUCCUUCGAUCUGGACUGGUACAGAGACUGGCUUUACUGGGCUAACCAAACUGGCCACAUCCAACGCACCGGUCCAACCCAGGUUGAGGUGGUCCCAACACCUGUCCCAGCCUGUCUGAUAAAAAUAGACCAGAUGAGCGGCGACAUUUAUUGGGUGUCAUGUGACCAGAAGAGCAUCGGCACCGCCACAGCCGACCAUCGGCACCCACGUGAGCUGUACCGCACCGCAAACGAAAUCGGCCACCUGGACGUGGACUGGCUGAGGGGGGGGCUCCUCUGGCUGGAGGGAGACACGGUCUUCACCAUGAGCAUGACCGGAGGCGACGCCAAAGAGCUGCUGCGCCUGGCAGGCGGAGUGAGGGGGAACGUCGCCUUUGACCUCAGGGCGAACAGUCUGCUCUGGAACUCGGAGAGGGCAGGUUUGACCACAAUGAGUUUGCUGCAGGAAAGAAGCCAUCAGGCUGGCAGAAGGUGGAACGUUUCGGGCUCUGUCAUCGCCGCCUUUGAGCCCUUCCUGCUGUCCCUCUGGGAGAACGUAGUUACUCUGUGGAACCGGCGCGAUGGGAGCCAGAUCUGUGACGUGACCGUACGGGGUCGCGUGUCCGGUGUGAUCCCUGCACUCGCGGACCUCGGAACAGUGCCCAAUACCACCUUCUGUAGUGAACCCUCUGUGAUGUGCCGGCACACAUCGGUGUGCCUCCAGCUGGAGCAGCUGUGUGACGGGAAAAAGGACUGUCCCGAAGGAGACGACGAGGAUCUUUGUGUCGCCACAUGUCCUUCUGAAGAUGAUUUCAAGUGCAGGGAUGGGAGGAGCUGCGUCUCCAGGACUCUGGUUUGUGACGGUCGGCUACAGUGCCGCGACGGCUCGGACGAGGACGGCUGUCCGAGGUCGGCUCCUCGAGCAGCUCGGUCAAACCCCCUCAGGUGCCGCUUUGGCUCAAAGCUGUGUGAGGACGGCACGGAGUGUGUCUUCUACAGCCACGUGUGUGAUGGGGAAAGGGACUGUCGGGAUGGAUCGGAUGAACAGGGAUGUGAUGCUGCAGACCCCGCCACACCUCUUCCUUCGGAGAAUCCCCUCCUAACCGAAUCUCCUGCACCCACCAAGCCAGCCUGCAUCAGCCCCUCAGUUCUGUGUGCAGGUUCUUCUGUUUGCAUCACCCCAAACCAGCUGUGUGAUGGAAAGAAGGACUGCCCCGAUGGAUCUGAUGAGAACUGUGUCAACAGAUGCCCUUACAGGACUGACUUCCGCUGCAAAGACCGUAGGAGCUGUGUCUCCAGGAGUCUGGUUUGUGACGGAAUCUCUCACUGCCACGACGGCUCAGAUGAGGUCGACUGCAUGAGGUCGGCUCCUCGAGCAGCUCAGGCAAACGUCCUGAAGUGCCGUGUGGGCUCAACGCUGUGUGAGGACGGCACGGAGUGUGUCUUAUACAGCCACGUGUGUGAUGGGGAAAGGGACUGUCGGGAUGGAUCAGAUGAACGGGAGUGUGAUGCUGCAGCCACUGCCAGUCCCACUGUGUCAGAGAAUCCCGUCUUAAAUGAGUCUCCUGCACCCACCAAGCCAGCCUGCAUCAGCCCCUCAGUUCUGUGUGCAGGUUCUUCUGUUUGCAUCACCCCAAACCAGCUGUGUGAUGGAAAGAAGGACUGCCCCGAUGGAUCUGAUGAGAACUGUGUCAACAGAUGUCCUUACAGGACUGACUUCCGCUGCAAAGACCGUAGGAGCUGCGUCUCCAGGAGUCUGGUUUGUGACGGAAUCUCUCACUGCCACGACGGCUCAGAUGAAGUAGACUGUCCGAAUGAUGCUCCUCCUGCAGCAGCUCAGGCAAACUCACUGAAAUGUCGCAUGGGCUCCAGAAUGUGUCGAGAUGGGACAGAAUGUGUCCUCUUCAGUCACGUUUGUGAUGGAGAGAAAGACUGCCGGGACGGAUCAGAUGAAGAAGGAUGUGAUGUUGCAGAAUCGACCACUUCCAGUCCCGUCUUAAAUGAGUCUCCUGCACCCACCAAGCCAGCCUGCAUCAGCCCGUCAAUUGUGUGCGCAGGUUCUUCUGUUUGCAUCACCCCAAACCAGCUGUGUGAUGGAAAGAAGGACUGCCCCGAUGGAUCUGAUGAGAACUGUGUCAAUAGAUGCCCUUACAGGACUGACUUCCGCUGCAAAGACCGUAGGAGCUGCGUCUCCAGGAGUCUGGUUUGUGACGGAAUCUCUCACUGCCACGACGGCUCAGAUGAAGUAGACUGUCCGAAUGAUGCUCCUCCUGCAGCAGCUCAGGCAAACUCACUGAAAUGUCGCAUGGGCUCCAGAAUGUGUCGAGAUGGGACAGAAUGUGUCCUCUUCAGUCACGUUUGUGAUGGAGAGAAAGACUGCCGGGACGGAUCAGAUGAGGAAGGAUGUGAUGCUGCAGCCACUGCCAGUCCCACUGUGUCAGAGAAUCCAGUUUUAAAUGAGUCUCCUGCACCCACCAAGCCAGCCUGCAUCAGCCCCUCAGUUCUGUGUGCAGGUUCUUCUGUUUGCAUCACCCCAAACCAGCUGUGUGAUGGAAAGAAGGACUGCCCCGAUGGAUCUGAUGAGAACUGUGUCAACAGAUGCCCUUACAGGACUGACUUCCGCUGCAAAGACCGUAGGAGCUGCGUCUCCAGGAGUCUGGUUUGUGACGGAAUCUCUCACUGCCACGACGGCUCAGAUGAAGUAAACUGUCCGAAUGAUGCUCCUCCUGCAGCAGCUCAGGCAAACUCACUGAAAUGCCGCAUGGGCUCCAGAAUGUGUCGUGAUGGGACAGAAUGUGUCCUCUUCAGUCACGUUUGUGAUGGAGAGAAAGACUGCCGGGACGGAUCAGAUGAGGAAGGAUGUGAUGCUGCCGUAUCGGCCACUUCUGGUCCAGUCGUAAAUGAGUCUCCUGCACCCACCAAGCCAGCCUGCAUCAGCCCGUCAAUUGUGUGUGCAGGUUCUUCUGUUUGCAUCACUCCAAACCAGCUGUGUGAUGGAAAGCAGGACUGCCCCGAUGGAUCUGAUGAGAACUGUGUCAACAGAUGCCCUAAAAAUACGGACUUCCGUUGCAAAAACCGUUGGAGCUGCAUAUCAAGGAGUCUGGUUUGUGACGGAAUCUCUCACUGCCACGACGGCUCAGAUGAGGUCGACUGCAUGAGGUCGGCUCCUCGAGCAGCUCAGGCAAACGUCCUGAAGUGCCGUGUGGGCUCAACGCUGUGUGAGGACGGCACGGAGUGUGUCUUAUACAGCCACGUGUGUGAUGGGGAAAGGGACUGUCGGGAUGGAUCAGAUGAACGGGAGUGUGAUGCUGCAGCAACUGCCAGUCCCACUGUGUCAGAGAAUCCCGUCUUAAAUGAGUCUCCUGCACCCACCAAGCCAGCCUGCAUCAGCCCCUCAGUUCUAUGUGCAGGUUCUUCUGUUUGCAUCACCCCAAACCAGCUGUGUGAUGGAAAGAAAGACUGCCCCGAUGGGUCUGAUGAGAACUGUGUCAGCAGAUGCCCUUACAGGACUGACUUCCGCUGCAAAGACCGUCGGAGCUGCGUCUCCAGGAGUCUGGUUUGUGACGGAAUCUCUCACUGCCACGACGGCUCUGAUGAGGUAGACUGUCCGAAUGAUGCUCCUCCUGCAGCAGCUCAGGCAAACUCACUGAAAUGCCGCAUGGGCUCCAGAAUGUGUCAAGAUGGGACAGAAUGUGUCCUCUUCAGUCACGUUUGUGAUGGAGAGAACGACUGCCGGGACGGAUCAGAUGAAGAAGGAUGUGAUGUUGCAGAAUCGGCCACUUCCAGUCCCGUCUUAAAUGAGUCUCCUGCACCCACCAAGCCAGCCUGCAUCAGCCCGUCAGUUCUAUGUGCAGGUUCUUCUGUUUGCAUCACCCCAAACCAGCUGUGUGAUGGAAAGAAGGACUGCCCCGAUGGGUCUGAUGAGAACUGUGUCAACAGAUGCCCCUACAGGACUGACUUCCGCUGCAAAGACCGUAGGAGCUGCGUCUCCCGGAGUCUGGUUUGUGACGGAAUCUCUCACUGCUACGACGGCUCCGAUGAAGUCGACUGUGUGAGUGCUGCUCCUCCUCCUCCAGCUGCAUCAAACGCACUGAAGUGUCGCAUGGGCUCCAGAAUGUGUCAAGAUGGGACAGAAUGUGUCCUCUUCAGUCACGUUUGUGAUGGAGAGAAAGACUGCCGGGACGGAUCAGAUGAAGAAGGAUGUGAUGCUGCAGAAUCGGCCACUUCCAGUCCCGUCUUAAAUGAGUCUCCUGCACCCACCAAGCCAGCCUGCAUCAGCCCCUCAGUUCUGUGCGCAGGUUCUUCUGUUUGCAUCACCCCAAACCAGCUGUGUGAUGGAAAAAAGGACUGCCCUGAUGGAUCUGAUGAGAACUGUGUCAACAGAUGCCUUUUCAGGACUGAAUUUCGGUGCAAAGACCGGAGGAGCUGCGUAUCAUGGGGUCUGGUUUGUGACGGAAUCUCUCACUGCCACGACGGCUCGGACGAGGUCGACUGUCCCAGCUGGGCUUCUCCUGCGGCUCGAGCGAACCCCAUGAAGUGCCGCGUGGGCUCGAAGCCGUGUGACUACUCAAUGGAGUGUGUCUUGUACAGCCACGUGUGUGAUGGGGAAAGGGACUGCAUGGAUGGAUCUGAUGAACAGGGAUGCGACGAAACCUGCAAGCAAGGAGAGUUUCAGUGCUCCCACGGGAAAAUGUGCAUCCCUGAGGCUGAAGUGUGUGACGGCCGGUCGCAGUGCAGAGACCAGUCGGACGAGGUGGACUGCGGGAAACCCGGUACGAGCUGUGAGCAUCGCUGCGCCGACGGCGAGCGCUGCAUCCCGAAGAAAUUCCUGUGCGACGGCGAGAGAGACUGCCUGGACGGCACGGACGAGCUGGGCUGUGACGCUGCAGCAGCAACAACUGAGUCUCCGGUUGCCACGGCGGCUUGCAUCAGUCCUUCAGUUCGCUGCCCCGGGUCACCACUGUGCAUCUCUCCAAGUCAGCUGUGCGACGGGCAGAGACACUGUCCUGACGGUUUCGAUGAAAAUGACUGCGUGCUCCGAUGCAAUAAUCCAGAUGACUUCUUAUGCGGCGACCGGCGGAUGUGCGUCCCCAAGGUGGACGUGUGCGACGGUCACGCCCACUGUGCCGACGGCUCCGAUGAGGAGCGGUGUCCCUCAGCAGGUCCUGCGGCUCCCACCUCCAACAGCGCGUCCGGGGACGGCGCAGCCGCGCUCAAGUGCCGCAAGGGUUUGAAGCCGUGUAAAGACGGCCUGGAGUGUGUGAUGUACAGCCACGUGUGUGACGGGGAGAGGGACUGCCAGGAUGGAUCGGACGAGGAGGGGUGUGUCGCUCAAUGCCAAGCAGACGAGUUCCGUUGUGCUCACGGGAGUAAAUGCAUCCCACCGGAGCAGGUGUGUGACGGGCGGAACGACUGCCAAGACCGAUCGGAUGAAAUGGACUGUUCCAGUCAGACAGAGGGCUGCCUUCGCCGCUGUGACAACAACACUCGCUGUGUGCCGGACACCUUCCUGUGUGACGGCGAGAGAGACUGCGCCGACGGGUCCGAUGAAGAAGAGUGCGGCGUGGUGGCCUGCACGUUUGACCAGUACCGCUGCCUCAGCGGCACGUGCGUGUCCGAGGCCCUGAGGUGCGACGGGUACGCCGACUGCGCCGACCGCUCCGAUGAGGCGCAUUGCACUCGACCCCCGCGCUGCCCGACACAGCUCCGCUGUCCGAACAGCCACGAGUGCCUGCAGAAGGAGUGGCUCUGUGACGGCGAGGACGACUGCAAAGACGGCUCUGAUGAGAAGAAUUGCCUGUCGCCGCCGGUGAAGUGCAGGGAGCACCAGUGGCAGUGUGGGGACGGCAAUGACUGCGUCCCGCUGUCGUGGAGGUGUGACGGGAGGAAGGAUUGCCUCAACGGCGCGGACGAGGACCAAUGUGGCCAGACGAAAUGCCCGUCUCACCUUUACCGCUGUGGCAGCGGCGAGUGUGUGGACCCCCUCCUCGUGUGCAACGGUUUCACCAACUGUGCCGACAACUCUGAUGAGGGCGCCGGAUGUGGUCGACUCAACUGCUCCAGUGCGUUGGCGCCGCGGUGCGACCACAGCUGCGUCAGCACCCCGAACGGACCGAGCUGUUACUGUGCCGCUGGAUUCAGUCUGCAGUCCGGUGUGUUCUGUGUGGAUAUCGACGAGUGCAAAGCAGUGCCCCACGUGGUGUGCCAACACACCUGCCUGAACACCCGCGGGUCCUACGUCUGCCCCUGCCUCCCUGGCUUCUACCUGGAGCCUGACCACAAAAGCUGCAAGACCAGAGACGAGCCUUUGCUUCUGGCGUCGGUGCAGUCGGAGCUCCUGCUGCUGGGAGUCCAGAGCGGCUCCUUGCGCCAGCUGACCUCCGUCAAUCGGCCCGUCUUCUCCCUGGAUUAUCUCUGGGCUCUACAGAGAGUUUACUGGCUGAGCCCCGACUACCAGAGCAUCCGCUGGGCUGACAUGACAAACUCCAACAGCAAAGGGACACUUAUCAAAGGAGUGAAGUCUGAUUUCAUCGCGGUGGACUGGAUCGGUAGGAACCUGUACUGGGUGGAUGGACUACUGGGUCAGAUUCUGGCUGUGAAGCUCAGUAACACCACAUUGAGGUCUCAGGACUACACCGUGGUCCUCGGUGAAGAUCUGGAGCAGCCGAGCUCGCUGGUCCUGCUGCCACACAAAGGGACGAUGCUUUGGUCCGAGAUCGGCAGCACGCCUCUGAUCGGGCAGUCCGGGAUGGACGGCUCCAGGAGGAAGGUGGUGGUGAGCAGAGGCUUGAGCUGGCCCGUCGGUCUGUCCUAUGACCUCCUGGACAACCGGGUGUACUGGGCCGACGAGAAGCUGCGCUGCAUCGGCUCAGCCGCUCUGGACGGGGACGACGUCAAGAUCCUGCAGUUGGCCGAAACGCCGAGCCCCUUCUCCGUGGCGGUCUUCAAUGACCGGGUCUUCUGGUCCGACACGAAAAGGAGAACCAUCCGCUCGGCUAACAAGAACACCGGCAAAGAUCAGAAGGUUCUUCUGAAGAGACCAGGCCAGCCCUUUGGGCUAAAACUGAUGCACACCCUUUCCCAACCAGCCGUAUCCAACCCCUGUGGCCGGCUGCGCUGCUCGCACAUCUGCCUCCUGGCCCCGGCUGGGAGAAGCGGGUCUCGAGCUCCGGGGUCGCCGGGGGCCCCGGCAGUGAGCAGGCUUUCGGGAGUUUGCCGGUGCCCCAAGGGGCUGCUACUCUCAAAGGACCAGGCGACUUGCUCCCUCCCGCUGGAGUCCACGUUCAUCCUGCUUCUGUCUCCUACCAACGUCUAUCAGAUUUACUUGAACUCCAUGCGUGGCGAAGGUGUUGGUCUCAAAAAAAUGGCAAGCGCUCGAUUUUUGGCCCUGCCUGGAGUCACCGGGGCCUCUGGCCUGGACGUGUCCCUCCAGGACCUUUCUCUGUAUGUGGCUGAUGCAGGGCAACGAUCCGUGGAGGUGCUGAAAAUGAGCGGCUCCAGGUCCAGACAGGGGCUGACACCUGCGGGGCAGAUCCUCAAACUGAAUGAUGAUGAAGUCACAGCUCUGGCAGUUGACUGGGUGACAUCCAACCUUUACUGGAGCAGCACGGCGAGGCCUGACGUCCACGUGACCGCCCGCCGCGACGGCCACACCGCCGUACUGCUGCAGGGGUCACUGAAGUACACAACGUCCAUUGCACUCCACCCCCCCUCGGGGAAACUUUGUUACACCGCUAUGGUCGGGGCCGACGGGAAGAGCCAAACCGAGGUGAGCUGCGCCUGGAUGGACGGCCGUAACAAAGCAGCGCUGUGGAGUAAGUCGAGCGUCCCCACCUCGCUGGUGUUUUCAGACCCUGGAACCACGAUCUACUGGGCGGACACAGGUGAGGGUGUAAUCUGCUCUAUUGGAAUAGAUGGAACCGGAUAUAAACAGUAUAAAACAGGUCCGGGACUUCUCACCGCAUUUACACGUACGGAGGACAUCCUCCUCUGGACCACCGUGGACAAGGGUGAGGAUUUAACCAGGCUGUGGUUCAGCGACGGUCUCCAGCCGAACCAACUGUGGUUUGAGACGAAGACAAACGUGGUGGAAGUCCAGGCCCACAGCAAUGCUAGUCAGUCUGGAACCAAUGGCUGCUCCAAAAACAACGGCGGAUGCGUCCAUCUGUGCCUGCCUUAUCCUGGCGAUCGUGCCUGUAAAUGCGGCCGGGGUUUCUAUGGAGCCACCUGUGCGCCGCUCCCAGGCUGCCCGGCGGGGGAACAGUCCUGCUUCGACGGCACCAAAUGUAUCGUGAGCAGCAAGUUCUGCGACGGAGAGGUGGACUGUCCAGACGGGUCGGACGAACAGGACUGUCCAAACACAAACUCUGCGUCUUUCUGGACCAAAUCAAGUGACGGCCGUCCUCUCCCAUCUUCCCCUCCUCACCCCGACAACGUCCAAAAGAACGCUAUACACACGGUUAAAGACCCUUCAUCCUGUGGCCUCCAGCGCUGCAACGGUCUCGGCCAUUGCAUCACAGAGGGCCAAGUCACCCGCUGCCAGUGUGUGGCCGGCUACCAGGGGGAGUCCUGUCAAGAGGCCGAAACUGGGCGGGGCCACGUGGCUGUGAUCCUGGGCGUCUUCUUCCUCGUUACCGCGUUGACUCUCGCCGCUUUUGUUUUUGCAAAAAGGAGAGACUGGCCGUCCAUCAGAAGCAGAUCCACGGAGAAAGAAACUCUGAUGGAAAACAUGCACCUGCCAUGUGAACACUACGAUUCAGACUGUGAGGUAAAACCUCAGGCCACUGGGUGUGAAUUUAAUUGCCUACACGGGCACAGGUGUUUCUUUUUUUUUUAAUAUGAAACAUUAAUUUGUCUUUCGUACUUAUCUAGGUAGUCAAUUUGACUGCCAAUAUAUGAAUCUAUAAAUAUGGGUACAAAUCUCACAUUUUUAUUUUUUCACAUUUUUGACAGACUUGCGUUGGUGUUAAAGUGCAUUAUUUAUCCACACGUAGUAGUCUGUCAAUCUUCACUUAAAGGCUUGAUCUCCUAAUUGGACAAAAGUAACUUCAAAACGUCAACUUUUAUAGAAUAUUUUGAUAUAAAAACAUUAAAUCUAGUCUCUGCCAAAAGGCCGGUGAAUUUAUAUCUGUCUACUUGGUGCAAAUUUAGAUGGGCUUCCAUUUUGUCUUCUCUCCU